CCUAGAGUCAUUAGAAACAACAAAGUUUUUUCUUUCUUUCAAAAGAUAAGUCAAUUUGGAUGAGAGAUUGAAUCAUCACUCAUUCAUCUGCCAGCUCCAUUGUUCUAUCGUUCAAUGUCGCUCGAGAAUCUAUUCACACGAUGAUUAAGAUAUGAUCGCGCGAUGAUUAAGACAUGAUUGCGCGAUUUCACUCGAAUCUGUACCUUUUUAAGUUCGUUAUUAGCACAAAUUAAUCUCUCAUUACUCUCUCUGUCUAUACCUCCAUUUCCGAGUCUUAAGCUUUGAAUCAUUGCUCCGGUACUCAAGUUCGUCCGACUUUGGUUGCUUCUAGAGGAGAGGACUAAUGGAGAAAUACAGGAUUCCAAAAUCCCCAGAUUUAACGAGUAGACAUCUUCCCUCAACUUUUGGUGAUGACGAUAUUGCAGUGGUUUUUGAAGAAUCACAAAAGCGUUUCAGCUUGCAUGAACAAGGAGUAUCACAAUUUACUCAGGCUGCUGGUACAAGCAGAAGAUUAAAUGUGACACUUCCGAACCAUUCAAAUGAACCAAUGAUAUCUUCUCAGAUUCCAAAUGUAUGCAACACAGGAGAAAACUUUCCUAUAAGUAAGAAGGAACCAAGCGAAAAGAAAAGAUUGUGCGACAAAGCUUACCGAGAGCGAUUGAAGCGCGAAAGAAAGAUGAUGGAGACUGAUUUAGUAAUGGUUGGCAGCGAAAAUGAAGAUUUGAAGAGGGAGAAUGGACGGUUGAGGUCAGAAAAAGAUCUGAUGGAUCAAUAUCUGCAAACAAGAGCAGCUGAGAAUCAGAUAUUAAAGACUGAAAUAUGUUAUUUGAGGGGAAAGAUUAGUCACCAACAAGUUCUUGUGGAUGCAUUUUCUCGUAAGCUGCUGCUUUCAAAUCAUGAGGAUCACCAGCUUUCAAUGCUUAGACAAGAAAGAGCUAGACUGCAUGAAAUCACCUGGAAUGAUCAGAUGGAAGAGAAGAGACGAAUCUUGGAUACAAAAAUAAAUUUGGAACAUCAGAACAGAACCUUGAAAAUUCAAAUUCAAGCUCUCUGUGAGAAGAUCCACAAUGAUAAGAACCAUGAAUAGAGAUAACCAUGAGGGGUAUAUUUUUUUCACACCCUACAUUAAAUAGAAAUACAUGAAAUCGUUCUGAUUCCAUCUCUUCCACUUAGGCUUCCGUUUUGUUUAGCCUCUUCUCAACAGGUUCGGGUUCUGCUUCAGCUCUCUUCUUCGAACCUUUGCUCUUAUCUUCUCCAAUGUAGCUUUCAUUUGGUUUUGGUUUUGGUUUGUUUAGGAGAACAAAUAAGAAGUUGCAAAAAGGGAUAUGAUAAAAGAAGAAAUCUGAAUGUACUUAGCUUACUAAAAUACAAGAUCUAACGGUACUGACCUUGAGCCUC